AUGGACAAACCUUCAACAGCUUCACGAUUCAGUGAAGAUUCGAACGCGAACCCGGACGUCCAUCGACCCGAACUCAAACCUCGUGAUUCGAGGUUUCACGAGCAUAUCGAUAAUACAGUACCUAACUCACCUGCUCAACCGGAGUAUAACAAUGGUCAAGAGAAAAAGUAUGGAGACGAAGAAGGUCUAGCUCUAGGAAGUGAGAGGAGAAGAGUUGUGGAGAAAAGACUGAAAAUGAAAAACUACAUCGAUCGAAACAAUGCCGCCGCUGCCAGGCUUAAGGGAUUCGAAGCGGAUCUCAACUUGACAGAUACUGAAUUCCAAACUCUCCUAUCGAUUCUCUAUGUCGGAUAUAUCUUAUUCCAAGUCCCAUCAAACAUGUUACUGAACCGUAUCGGCAGACCAUCAUUGUAUCUCCCAGCAGCUAUGGUAGUGUGGGGGAUGAUAAGUGUCUUGACCGGUAUCACCAAGAACUUUGUCGGUGCUCUUCUCACCCGUCUUUUCCUGGGAAUGGUUGAAGCGGCGUUUCUACCUGGGGCCUUGUUCAUUUUGAGUAAAUGGUACAAGAAAGAUGAACUGUCUUUACGAUACACCCUUCUCUACUGUGGUAACUUGAUCUCGAACGCAUUCGGUUCACUCAUCGCUGCGGGUGUGUUGGCAAACAUGGACGGUAAAUUGGGACAUGCAGCUUGGAGAUGGUUAUUCUACAUCGAAGGUGCUUUGACAAUGUUCUUCGCUCUGGUGGCAAUCCCCAUGUUACCUGAUUUCCCCCAUAAUACCAAGAGGGGCUUCACCACUGAGGAGAUCAGGGUAGCCCAAUUGAGGAUGCUAGAAGAUGUAGGUGAGCUCGAUCAGGACUCUCAUGAAGAGAAAUGGUACAGCGGUUUCAUCAUGGCUCUGAGUGACUGGAAGAUCUAUAUCUUGAUGUUGAGUCUUACCGCUUGUGUGACCGGUUUAUCGUUCAAUAUCUAUUUCCCCACCUUGACCAAAACCUUGGGUUACGGUACGACCGAGACUCUUUUAUUGGCCGCACCACCUUGGGUGUUCUCCUGUAUUCUGGCCCUGCUGAAUUCUUGGCACUCUGAUCGUACUCAAGAGAAGUUCUGGCAUUCAACUUGGCCAUUAUUGAUGGGUAUAAUGGGCUUCAUCAUUUCAAUGGCUACUAAACCAACAAACAAGGCUGGAAGAUACGUAGCGCUGUUCUUCCAGGCUGGUUCCUACGCUGGAUAUAUCAUCAUGUACACCUGGAUGAGCAGUUCUUUCCCUCGUCCACCGGCCAAAAGAGCUGUAGCUCUUGCUUUCAUGAAUGCGUUGUCGCAAACCGGUAACAUCGCAGGAAGUUAUGUUUGGCCUGCAAAAUACGGACCUACCUACGUCAAAUCCUAUGGUGUCGUACUAGCGAUGUUUGUAGCUACAAUCUUGCUCAAUAUAUGGUUCCGACAAAUCCUCGUUUCGGCCAACAGGAGAUUGGAAGAAGGCGAAAGAGCAUUCAACGAGCAUGGCGAUACUCUUGAACAAGCUGCUAAACUCGAGAGCACGACUGUUAAGGAUGCCCAGCAGAUGCAAAAAGGAUUCAGGUUCUUGAUCUAA